AAGCCAGCAGGGGUAAAAAUGGAAAUUACAAAUUAUACUCUGAACGCAACGAAAAUUUAGAGAAAGGAAAAAAAAUGAAAAGUAAAGAGAAGGACGCGUGGAUCCUCGUGAAUUCUCUUUUAUUCUCUCUCUCAUGCACCCACCUUAAUAUCAUAAUCUUCUUCGCUCAUUCUUCGUUCAAAUAUGAAUUCCAAUUCUUGCAAUUUCUGAUCAGUCAAUCAUCGUUUCCACCUUCUCUGUUUUCAAAAACAAUUCCAAUCAUAUCCCUCUUCUCUCCAUCAUUCUCUUCUCAUGGCGUCUUUCCUCCCCAACCUCCAUUCUGUUACGUCAUCGCAACAAUCCAAUCACAAGAAUCGCCGCAAACUCGCGCACCACGCUUCCCUCGCUCCCGCUCCCUGGACUUCCCAAACCGAACACCGGAUCUACGCCACCAACCUCCUCCACGCGCUCCGCCGUAACAGCCCUGCCGCCGCCAGCGACGUCCGCGCAGCUGCCGACCGUGCUCUCGCAGCCACGGCCAAAGGCCGAACUCGCUGGAGCCGCGCGAUUCUUGCGAAUCCGUUUGGCCGGUGGAAGCGGAGGCACCACAAGAAGGCCAGGAAGUCCGGCGCCGGAUUGAUGAAGAAGAGGACGCCGGAGAUUCGGAGAACGGUACCGCCGCUGCAGAAGAAAGCGCGCGCUCUCGGACGGUUAAUCCCCGGUUGCCGGAAGGUUCCGUUCCCGAAGCUUCUAGAAGAAGCCGGUGAUUAUAUCUCUGCCUUGGAGAUGCAAGUGCGAGCCAUGACGGCUCUCGCCGACCUCCUCGCCGGCGGCCCCACGCCCCCCGCUCCUCUCCGUUUGAGUUGACUUACUUUGUUUUUAGUGUUUCUAUUUUUGUUUAUUAUAUAUGUUUAUAUAUCGUUUUUAUUGGUUUUCACCUUUGAAUUCCUCUUCUCCA